AUGUACCUUAAUCAUGGAUCCAACCGCUCAGGCCAACAUGUAUCUAGAAGGCCACGUGGCCGACCUGCAGGUUCUAAAAACAAGCCCAAGCCACCCAUCAUCAUCACUAGAGAAAGUCCCAACACACUUCGGGCUCAUGCCAUGGAGGUUAGUCCUGGAUGUGACAUUGUUGAGAGCUUAGCAACCUUUGCUAGAAGAAAACAACGUGGGAUCUGUGUGCUAAGUGCUGCCGGCCGCGUCACCAAUGUAACAUUACGCCAACCAACCCCUUCUGCAGGAACCAGGCCAGUUGUCACACUCCACGGCCAGUAUGAGAUUCUGUCGUUGAUGGGUUCAGUCUUGCCACCACCAGCCCCACCAGGUGUUACCGGCUUAGACAUAUACUUAGCUGGUCCACAAGGCCAGCUAGUAGGUGGAGCCAUUUCAGGUCCCCUUAUAGCAUCAAGUCCCAUUGUCAUUAUGGCAGCUACUUUUAUGAAUGCAACAUUCGAUAGGCUGCCAAUUGACAAAAAUGAAACUGAAGCAAUCACCACAGCCCAACAAAAUCAACAUGUGAUCGGUUUAUCAGAUAUGUAUGGAAUUCCACAAACUUUUGGCGGCUGCCCAGCCACCCUGCCAUCAACCGAUAUGUAUACAUGGACAGCUUCACAACCACUUUCAAAAAAGACCUAA